CCGGUUGCGACAUCCACCGCCGCUGUUUCUGUGCAUAAAAUGUCCUUCCACCCGCGAGGAUAGUUCGGCCCGCGCGUUUCCACCCCUGGACACGAAAACGACGAAAACAUCCCCAUUUGUCAGAAUGUUCCGUGCACAGUACGUUCGCAAAAUUCGUCGGAAAGUUCAUCCGCUGCACCAGAACUAAACGGGGGAAGAAAGUGGGUGGUAAUCCGCGCCAACUUGCAGCUGUUCCUGAGCCGUCUGGUUCACCACGCGAUCCUCUUCCUUCGCUCACACACACACGCCGGUGUCGGUCACCGGGCACACCGAUCUGUUUUUCCACCGUGACGUGCAAACGCCUCUGGUGUGUGUGUGCCCUUCAGGAGGCUGUGUUUACCAAAGGUUCUCGCGGGUGCUGAUAGCGUGCGGUGCACCGGGAAGGGUUACACAAGUUCAAGGCUGUGCGUAGCCCAGGGAGCGAAGGGAGCGGACAACCCCGACACGACCCGGUACGGCCCGAGGGCAAGGAUACGAAGAUGAGCGAUAUACGCGACUGGCGGCCGUUUGUAUACGGCGGGAUGGCAUCGAUAAUGGCUGAAUUCGGAACGUUUCCCAUCGACACCACCAAAACUCGUUUGCAAAUUCAAGGCCAAAAGACUGAUCGAUCACACAGCGAGCUGCGGUACCGUGGUAUGACCGAUGCGUUCGUGAAAAUUUCCCGCCAAGAAGGUGUGAAGGCCCUUUAUUCUGGCAUAUGGCCGGCAGUGCUGCGGCAGGCCACGUACGGUACGAUCAAGUUCGGCACGUACUACACGCUCAAGAAGGUGGCCACCGAUCGCGGGCUGCUCCACGACAAGGCCGGCAACGAGAGCCUUUGGUGUAAUGCGGCCUGCGCCACGAUGGCCGGCGCAAUUUCGAGCGCCAUCGCCAACCCGACCGACGUGCUGAAGGUGCGCAUGCAGGUGCACGGCCGGGGCACUAGCGAUGUGGGGCUGGUACAAUGCUUCCGCGAAAUCUACGUCCACGAGGGCGUCCGGGGGCUGUGGCGGGGCGUGGGCCCGACAGCCCAGCGGGCAGCAGUCAUAGCGGCCGUCGAGCUGCCGGUGUACGAUUUCUGCAAGCUGCACCUGAUGGAAACGUUCGGCGAUCAGGUGGCGAAUCAUUUCAUCUCUAGUUUUAUCGCGAGCUUAGGAAGUGCGAUUGCUUCAACACCAAUCGAUGUGAUACGGACUCGUCUCAUGAACCAACGGCGUGUGCACCAGCUACAGCCUAGCAUUACACCGGCGGCAACCACCACCACCACCACCACCACCACCCCCCGUCUGUAUUACACCGGCAGCGUCGACUGUGCCGUGCAAACGGUGCGCAACGAAGGCUUCCGAGCGCUGUACAAAGGUUUCAUCCCGACCUGGGUGCGGAUGGGCCCGUGGAACAUCAUUUUCUUCAUCACGUACGAGCAGCUGAAGCAAUUCUACUGAACACACGAACAGCAGGGGAAAGCAAACGAUUCCCCCCCCCCCCCUUCCCCC